AUGACCGCAGCGGAUGGAAUCCAGUUCAGCGCGGCCGCGUUCCUGCCCGGCGUCGGUGUCACGCUUCUCGGCGUCCCCUUCGCCGGCACCCUCGCCCGCUACCUGACCAACUACAACCCCGUCAUUGACGAGAUCAACGUCACCGAGAAGAACGGCGUCAACAAGAUCUCGGUCUCGGAGGAGCAGCCCCGCUCCUGGUCUCUCAUCCAGAUGUUCAAGCGUACCUACAAGCUCGAGGGUAUCGCUGGCUUCUUCAACGGUGCUUUCCCUUCGGUCCUGUCCUACCUUGUCUCGUCCCUGCCUGCUGCCAUUGUUCUCGGUGUCGCCGUCGCCAAGGGCACUUCCCCUACCGACCCCGCUACCACGACCGGCACCCUCGGCCGCGCCUGGGCCUGGUUCACGCAGACUGGAAACGGAAUCCUGUUCGAUGUUGCCUUCAACCUCCUCGUCGCUCCCUUCAACGUCCUCGCCGCCCGUGCCUUCGUCUCUGCCUACCGCCUCCCGUCGUUCAACCUCAAGUCUGUCAUGACCGAGUCUGAGCAGUCGAACCCUCUUCGUCUCUACCAGAUCCCCGGCCUUGUUACCUCGACUAUCCUUGACGUUCUUGUCGGCCGUGCCCUCACUUUCGCCGACGCCGACAUUCUCUGGAGCUACGGUCCCGAGGGCGAGUUCGCCUGGUCUCUCUUCUCUGCUCUCGUCCAGGCCCCCUUCCUCCUCGUCACGACGCGCAUCCAGUCCCACCCCUCGGACGCGGACGGCACGCCGCUGCCCGUCGGCCCCCGCUCGAGCAACUCUGCCGAGGACGACAUCCUCGUCCGCCCCGUCCGCUAUGGUGGUGUCGUCGACGCUGUCCAGUCCAUCAUCGCCGAGGAGAACUGGCCGACCCUCUUCCGCGGCGCCUUCUGGGGUGUCGUCUUCGCCGUCGGCCGCGCCGCCUUCAACCAGUACAUCCUCAAGGAGCUCCAGAGCGGCGCCCUCACUGGCCAGCCCCCCGCCCCUGUCAUCGCCUAA